AUGGCUGAUGGCCGACCACGGGUGUUUGUCGUAAAGUAGCUGAUAGGUAUACUACCUAUAAUGCUGCACACUGCACCUAUUUUAUAGGUUUUAUUUAACAAGAAAAAUGUUGCAAUAACAAACACGGUAUCCUCCAAAUGAAGUAAACUUUGGUUUAAUUUGAGAACAGGUGGACAUAAUAAUAUAACAACACUCACAUGAUUCAGAAGUUAGUGUAGUCUCAAAUUUUGUAAAAGUUGGACCAAUUUGUACUUCAUAGGUGUCAUCUUAUACAUGCAGGGCUAAUUGCAGAAUCAGUAAAUAAAAUCUCUAGAAUGGAACCAUCAUGUUCGCAUUCCAAAUGUGACAUCUUCGAGAAAAGUUCUUUUGAAAAUAAUUUAGAGAAUAAGACUGAUACUGAAGCCAUUGUUGUAGAAAAGUCAAACAACUGUAAUGGAAGACAACAAAUUGAUGACAUCGAGAGAGAAGAUUUUGAAGAAGAAAAUAGACUAUUAAAGCACUGCUCUAGCAUGAUAGUGGAUGAAGAAAUGGCAGCCACUGCCCACUAUUCUGGGACCCUAUCUAGUGCAAACUCAAGCCUAGCUUCUAGUUCUGAAACAAUUUCAACUCUCUCAAAUCUUAUGGCCAAUGACUUCAGCUUACCUGGAUGUAGUAAAGAUGAUUGUGAGGGUAGUAAUGCAACAAUAAAAAAUAUGAUUCAUUCUAGGACAACAUUAUAUACUGCAACAAAAGAGACAUCGCCAAAAGAAGACUUUAUGCAAAAGUUAUUGAAUAGCGGGACACAAGAAAAAAAAGAAUUCCCAAAAGGGAAACUGUAUAAAGGUGAUUUAGAUGGUAAUAGUACUGAAACUACAAUGGAAAUUGAUGCUAUAAGUGGUCCAUCUGGAAGAACUAAUUCAAAUGCCUCAAGUAUUGCAAGUACUAGCCCAGACAGUAAAGAGUUCACAGUGCCUUCAACGUCAAAUGCUGAAAAACUAUUAGGACUGGAUGAUAGUAGUAAAAACGGGGAACGGAGUUCCAAAUCCUCAAGCUAUCAGUACUGCGAUCCAGAUGAUGAUUCUGAAGAGGAAAUCAACGAGGAGUCAUGGUGCACUUGCCUGAGCUCCCAUGAGGAUGAUGAGGAUGAUGAUGAACCGGAGCCUGAUGACAGACUAUGGAGGAAAAGACGUCUCGAGCCUCCGCCGCCGCAGUCAGCUAAGAAGUUCUGUCCCGACGGCAGCAUGCUGCCCUGUACGGGGGAGUGGAGCCCGGGACUGCAGGGUCUGCAGCAGAACAGUAUGCUCCAAGGACCGCCGGAACUUAAACAGUGGCUCAAUCGAUUCCAGUCAUGGUCGAAUAGCGAAAAGAUCCAAGCGAUAGACGCUUUGAUAAGCCGCUGCGCAGCUGGCCACGUGCGUCACAUGAUGAAGGCGAUCGAGCCGCUGUUCCAAAGGGACUUUAUAUCGCUGCUGCCCAAGGAGCUUGCCCUCACGGUGCUAGGGUACUUGUCUCCGAAGGACCUGCUGAGGGCCGCGCAGACUUGCCGGUAUUGGAGAUUCCUCGCUGACGAUAACCUACUAUGGAAGGAGCAGUGUCGGCGCAUAGGUCUCACGACCCUCAAGAAGAUGCCGCGAUCUCUGCCCAGAUGUGCCAGCCCUUGGAAGGCGGCGUACAUGCGACAGUCACUGAUACAAGACAAUUGGCUCCACAAACCCGUGAACAGUCCCAUAGUGAUGAGGGGGCACGAUGACCACGUGAUCACAUGCUUGCAGUUCUAUGGAAAUCGCAUAUUGAGCGGCAGCGACGAUACCACGCUGAAGGUGUGGUCGGCUAUUACGGGGAAGUGCCUCCGCACACUGGUCGGGCACUCUGGCGGCGUGUGGUCGUCCCAAAUGAUCGGCGACCUCGUGAUCAGUGGGUCAACGGACCGCACCCUGCGCGUUUGGAACGCGAAGACCGGCCAGUGCCUGAAGGUGCUAGCCGGGCACACGUCCACCGUGCGGUGUAUGCACUUGCACCAGAAUAGGGUGGUAUCUGGUUCACGGGACGCAACACUCCGCGUCUGGUCCAUACCCGAUGGGCGUUGCUUACGCGUGCUCGUCGGCCACUUGGCGGCAGUACGGUGCGUGCAGUACGACGGCAAGGUCGUGGUCUCCGGCGCGUACGAUUACUUCGUGAAAGUGUGGAAUCCCGAGACCGGGGAGUGCCUGCACACCCUAGCCGGACACACGAAUAGGGUGUACAGCUUGCAGUUCGACGGUAUCCACGUGGUAAGCGGUUCGCUGGACACCUCGAUACGCGUGUGGGACGUGGAGUCUGGCCAGCUGAAGCACACGCUCACGGGCCACCAGUCGCUUACGUCUGGUAUGGAGCUGCACUCGAACAUACUCGUCUCUGGGAACGCUGAUUCGACGGUCAAGGUCUGGGACAUCACCACGGGCCACUGCUUGCAUACGCUGUCUGGUCCAAACAAGCACCAGUCGGCGGUGACGUGCCUGCAGUCGAGCAACCGGUUCGUGAUCACGUCGUCGGACGACGGCACGGUGAAGCUGUGGGACGUGCGCACGGGCGAGUUCAUCCGCAACCUCGUGGAGCUGAGCUCGGGCGGGUCGGGCGGCGUCGUGUGGCGCAUCCGGGCCUCCGCCACCAAGCUCAUCUGCGCCGUCGGCUCGCGCAACGGCACCGAGGAGACCAAGCUGCUCGUGCUCGACUUCGACGUGCCCGGCGCCUGCCGCAAGUGCGACGAAUAGCAUAGACUCAACCGGCGCCUCAUGCGCCGAUACGCCAACCUGUACGCGCCCUGGCACUGCUAGUAGCCGACUCGCGCGGGAGUGGACACACCCCUACGGUCCCGCGGCAUACCGAUAAUACUCACCGUUUUGUAUCGUACCCUAUAUACGUGACCAUAGCUUUCAUUCGUCCACUCCCCGUCUUCCAAUGUGAGAACCUACUGACAAAACUGCUAUUGUCGAUAAAAACGCAUCGAUUGAGUGAUUAAUUAGGCCACUAUAUGAAAGUACCAAACGGGCGAAAUGACAUUUUUAAAAUUUAAAUCUAAUAAUGUAUCACAAUCAAUCUGAUCACGCAAUUAAUUUAUUUUUGUAAUUUAUAAUUAUGUAUUAUUUUGUUUAAUUUUAACUGUAACAUUUGAUAUAUUGUUCUAAGUAAUCACUAGGUCCAUAUCAAAGCUAGAUGUAGUCGGCGAAGUGCCUCCCGGGCCGUGCGGGGCUCGACGUGCUCUGCACGAUAAUUCACACUAUCUGAUUACCUGCAUACAUUCAAUACCAAUAUGAUACCAUUACAUAUUAUACUUAGUCCUAAGAAUUGAAUUUCAGUUGGUUUAAAAUGAUGGCUGCCAUCGUGCAUUACCAAAUUUAGGUUCUGAGUGGUAUGCUUCAUUGUUCCAAAGAGUACGAGGAUAUCGGAUUUUAGCUUUAGUUUAGAGUAAUGAUGUUCGCACUGGUCAGUGUAGCUGAUCGACAUUUCAUUUUACAUUGGUUUUUCAUUCCAUAAUAUGCUAUAGCAUUAUUCAUAUCACGUGAACUUUAACGAUUGGAGAUAUAGAAAUUACAAUGUGUGCGUUUAUUUAAUAUUUUAAUUUAAUUUUUGAAUUUUAAAAGUUUCGUUUUAAUUUUGGAUAAAUUUUUGGAAAUUUGUCCAGUGAAUAAUAUUAUUGUGUCAUUUAAUUGUAAACGUAAUUUAAUUUUAAAUUUUGUAUGACCCGUUAUAUAUUAUAAUUGUGAGUGUUAUUAAUUUAUAUGCAUAAUAAUUUACCUUGACAUGUCAAUUAAUUUGUUUAAGCAAUAUGCAACCGUAUUUACCAGUGAAUAUAUUAUAUAUAAUAUUAGUGAGUCCAAUGUAAUGCGACAUUUAUCAUAUUAUGUUAGCGAGUUAUUGCAAUACUGUCUCACUGGCCAUGUGGUUGAAUUUUAGGUUAAAAUUAGUUUAAACGAAUUUGUUAACAUUUAAUGAUUUAGUCUCAUUAGUUUCCAUUGUGUAUUGUUAUUUUUUAUGUUUUUUGUUUCUGCAUAAUAAUUUGAUUGCAAUAUAAUAUGUUAUAUAUAGCUGCAUAAUAAUUCGAUUGCAAUGUAUAUGUAUUCGAUAAUAUUCGACAUUUUAAUUAUUUUCUACCGACGUUUAAUUCAAUUAUUUUUUUAUUCCUUGAGAUCUCUCCAAAUACAAAAUAUUUAUUGUAGUUUUAUCGCUUUUAAUUUGUCUGACAUUAUUUUUUUUAUGUUAAUUUAAUCUAAUUUGAAAUCAUUUUAAUUAUUUUAAUUCUUCUUAAAUUUUAAUUAGUUAUAUGAAUGAAUGUGUUAUUUAUUAUAAAUCCACAUUGUGAUGUCCCUUUAUAUUGUGUAAUAAUCGAUAUCGUUCAAAGGCCAGCAAGUUAUCUAUAAUAUUCACUGUAGUGUAAGUUUUCAUUAAUGCCUAAUCAAUAUGUUAUAAAUAUUUCAGACUUUUAAUAAUGAAUAAUACCGAAUUAAAUUUAACGUAUUUGGUGUUUAGCGUAAACCGAAUGUAACGAAUAACUGUAGUGUAAGUGGCUAUAUAUCGAAACGUGCACAUAGCAAUAUAGCUAAUAAUUUCUAAUAAUUAUGUAUAUAACAAUAUGAUAACGUAAAGUUAGGGAUUCAGUGCAGAGAUGUGAGCCGAGGCGCGUCAUCUGUUAUGAUAUUUUGGCUGCAAGUCAAGCGACGCGGCCGAUAGUGUUACUCAUUUCUAUGGCUGAAUAUUUUAAACGAAGACUGAGGUAUAGGUAUAGUGUAAUAAUUAUAGUAUUUAGUAAUGUCGGCUGUUAAAAUGUAUCCAACGAGUAUUUUUGGCGAUCGACACGUUGUAACAGUCGGCCUCGUUCACUCCACGCUACCCACCACCACUCCUGUCUUUGUUUAAUUUUAACCAUUUCUUACUUGAUUUUUAAAUGGUUUGCAACGCGAUUGUCGUUACUAAGUUUCUUUGUAAGUAAUGUUUAGGUGGUAAGAGUGGCCCAGUGUGGCCACGGCGAAUAAUUGGAUUAUCUUAUCGUGUUCAUUAGGUGCGUAUCUAUGACGACGGCGAGUCCCGCAUGUGACUGCCGUAUAAACUGAAGUGUCAUGAAGUGUCAUUAUAUAUAAUUCGUUUAAUUUUAUUCGUCACGGGGUUUAGUUUAUGUUUGGAUGAUCAUGUAAAUAUCGACGCGCGGCGAUACUUCCUGUUGAAACUUUUCCUAAACUGUAUUUCCUUUGCGCUUUUUAUGUAAUAAUUACCUUUGAAUAAAAUCAGUUGUUUUUAA